CUCGGCGUGUAGAAGGCUGUCGCCAUGGCGACGCAGUUCAGUAUCGAUGAUGCCUUUGCAUUGGAGGGAGAAGAGGAGGAAGUCACGUGCGAUGGAGAGAUGGAGGGAUGGAAGAGCCCUGAAAGAGAGGGAGGAGGAGGAGGAGGAGAGAUGACAUUCGGUCCUCUCUCGUUCUCCAAAGCCCAGACGGCUGCCGGCUCCCCCGAGCACAGCAACCUCAAAUACCAGAAUCUGCAAAAUGAAGGCACCUUGGGCAACUCCUCCUUCAAUAACUUCUUUAAAAUCAGCGACCCGGCCACGCUGUCGUACUGCAGCUCCCAGUGGUCCUUCAGCACCUUGAGUUCGGUCACACAGCUGUCUGCACACUGCUGCGGGUGGGUGUCCCAUCCGCUGGUGAAGAAAAACAGAAGAGUGGUUCUUGCCUCUUUCCUGCUCCUCAUCACCGGAGUGGCUCUGAUUUUCACCGGUGUCGUCAUACAGCUGAAUCCAAAUGCAGGGGUCUCAAGUGCCAUUUUCUUUGUGCCUGGAGUUAUUCUCUUCAUCCCUGGAGUGUACCAUGUGAUAUACAUCAGCUGUGCUGUCCGUGGACGGAGAGGCUUCAAAUUGUUCUACCUACCCUAUUUUGAAAAAUGACAUUUCAUGAGUCAUUUUCACCACAUUUUAUUUGUCUGAUAUCUUAAAACAAUUGUAUUUUGUCACUUUUAACAAAACAUGUGUUCCCACAUGGUUGUUUUUUCUUGUCAUUGUUAUGACCACCACUAAUAAUGUAACCACUCAGUGCCUCGACUCGGCUUCCACGACCUGAUAUUACUGUGUGUACACGAAGAGAAGGAGAUUGGUCUUGCCUGUGUUUUCUGUGUUGUGUGAAUAAUGACUGUGAAAUGACAAUAAAACUUUUUUAUAUUUGAA